UAAGGAAAUGAGGAAGGGAGGGUCAGUGGAGAGCACCGGAGUUGAGCCUUUUUUCAUUCGGUGUUUCAACAGAAAGAGAAAAAGGCCGGAAGAAACGACAAAGCCAAUAAUUAAAAUUAGGUCGAUAGUUUUAAUUUAUCGUACGAUUAAUUGAUUUAUUGUUUAUCGCGACAGACCUAGGAACACAUUUAUGAGGGUACGUGUAUAUUGCCUGAGAACGCCGAGCCUAAUAUGGCUUUUUAUUCCUGAGGAACUUGAAUAGAGCACAGCUCGUUGUGGUGUACUGAUUUGGAGACGAGAUGCCUGAAGAUGAGAUCGUUUUAGGGCAAACUUUUGCUUUUUCUUUUCAUAAAGGAAUCAACAAUAUUUUUCCCCAAAGACGGGAUCAACAUAAGAAAAGCAAUUCAGUUUUAGAAACUUAGGGUUGCAGUAAUAAAUAUGUGCAAGUGCCUGAUUUUUUUUUUCUGUGAAUUUAAAAAGAACAGACAGCCCCAUUGGGAUGUCACUUAGUUUUACUCUACGUUGAUUCACAUGUUUGGCUUUUAUAAGAACCCCUGAUCUUUCUGACCCCUGUCUCUUAAUUUAUUUGUGUUUUGAAUAGUAGUUUCUGUUGCGUCUACUUUUUUUUCCAUCAUUUUGGUUUCAUGGUUGUAGCUGCAAAUGUUUUGACUCCUAUUUGUUUCUCAUAGGAAACAAAUAAAUUAUAUUAAUUUAUAAUUGCUUUAUAAAUUAAUGUUUUUGAGAAACUAACUCUUAUGUUCCUGAUCGGUUUGUUGAAGUUGUUUAAUGAUCAUACUGAGCGAUUAUAUGUCAAUUUCUUGUUUUUCGCCUCCUUUGAGAUUUGUGCCCGUUUCAUUUCUUAAUUUUUUGUCAGCUUUUCUUUCAUCUUAAUGAAUUUCUUAAAUUAAAAUGUUUCCAGUGCCUUCUCUGGCCCAGGGGCUCCUCCGUCUGGUACCGAUACAACAUGCACAUGUUGUUGGGAUAUAUUUAUAGAAUUAGUGCCUUAAUGUAUGUUGUUGUAUGUCGAUUAAAAUCUAGUAAAAAACAAACAAACUGUGUUUAAAUCAUGGUGCCAGUUUGCAGUGUUUCAUUCUGGAUAACAAAAGGUUAAAUGUGAGCCGCAUGUUUCUCUUCUGGGUUCUCAGACAGUCUGGACGUGAUUUCACCAUUUUUCCAAACAAUACUAAACUCCUUAAUGUUUCGCAGUGGAUACAGCUUCAUUUUUCCUUCUAUACGCGUAUAACUUUAGUGACUGUAUAAAAAAGCUCCAGUUUUAUCUAACUUAUUUAAAAGUGGUGGUUUUAAACCCUGUUUUGGCAGUUCACCACCUUGUUAAAUACUAGGAUUCCCAGGCUUUUCAAGGAAGUUUCAACAAUAUAUUUUCAAAAAUGUACCUUUAACCUGUAUUAACCUUCCAAAAAGUUGCACUUUUGAUACGUUAGUCCAUAAAAUGUUUUUCCAAAAGUCUUUGGGGUUUCUUCAAGUUGUUUUUAGGAAAUAGGAGUUGAGCUUUAGCUUUGUUUUUUGGUCAGAUUCAGGAGUGAUUUUCAGUAUUUAUGCCAUCUCCAGGUCUCCUUCUUAUUGCAUCGGGUUCUUUCGUGACCUUUUGGAUGAAUAGUCAAUGCGUGGGUUCACCGCUCUUCCACGUUUUCUCCAUUUGUGCUUAAUGUCUGAAUUAUGCUCAUAACUUGAGAAUAAUCAUAUUAUUUACAAAUUGCAAGGCAUUUCCGUACCACAACAUCAUAUAACGUAAUGUUGAAAACUGUGAUGAACAACGUUUUGUUUUCCUGCCUACACCUUCACAAAGGUUUGUUGAGUAAAUACUAAAAUUUUCUGUCCACCCACUGCUUGCCUUGAAGCAAAAUAGAGGUUCAAGGUGUUUGGUUUUGUGUUGCUGUGCGAAGAUGAUUCGAAUUCAUUUAUCACAAAGAGACAAUACAGGUAAUCUGGAGCUGAACAGGUGAGUGCAGCUAUUGGUAAAAAUCCACUAAUGUAUGGAAGUACAUUUUUGCCACUUGAAGAAAAACAAAAGCCGCCGGGUAUGCUGCUAUAGCUAAUAAUAAGAUUGUCAUUUUGACUUCAAAAAGGAUAAAUAUGUCACUAGCUCAAGUUUAUGAGAUUAAAAGCCAUAAUUUAAACUUUGUAAAAUUACUUGAACUUUAUAUGCCGACCUGCCCAAAAUGUACCCUGAGGGAUCAACAUCAGCCUCCUUAAUUGUAAGUGAAAAGUAAACUUUUCUUUAGACUACAACUUUGUAUCUCAUGUUUAUAACAUCAGAAGUCCGAAUUUAGAGUGUCAAAGGAGUCACAAUCCUGACUUUAAAAGUCCUAAUUAUGAUGCAUGAGAACCAGCUUUUGAAAAAUUACAGGAUCUUCAAUCAUAUUUUCAACUUUCAAAGUUCCCAGUGUGACCGAAAACAUUGUGUUUUAAUGCUGGGUUUGUUUGGCAUGAAUGAGCUUCCAUACAGGGUACAAUAAGGCACAUCACAAGCGGUCUGUAAAUAUACUUUAGAUCCGGGAGGGUCGUUUUUGUUGCUCAUAGCCACAGUAAGAUGACGGCGACGGCAGGUUGAAGCGGUGAGAAGAACCGAGCCGGUGCUGCCGCCGGGACGGAGGGACACGGACCCAACAGAAGCAGCGCGGGACGGGGACGGGGACGGCGCACCUUCCGCUGAGCGCAGAUAACUUCUCUGAAUAAACUGCUGAACUCCGUUCAUGACAAGAACUGCCGAGAAGUAGUUCUCUAAAAGCAAUGCACCUCCUGCAGCGGAUGUGGUCCCGCCUGCUGAUCAGCCAUCCUACCCAUUAGCUCCGCGGGUUCAGGUCCAGUACCAGUUCACCCAGUCCAGAGGAGGAGAGCUGCUGGGAGCCAUCAGUUAAAUAACAAACACACUUAAGAAAAGUCGUCUCAAACCUGUGGAAGUCGAUCAGCUUCAGCGUGAAUCAGUUGAAUUCGUCUCCAAAGACUGAAUAACAAUGCUGAUGUUCUCCUGCACUGGAAGCUGACAACGACCUCCAGACAUGAGACCAAGAGUGAACUUCAACUCUCUGAUUUUCCUGGUGCUCCUGCAAGGGGCAGGAGUGGUGAUGUUCUGCAACUGGUACUACGAACUCAGCCCUUGUGACUCCCCUCCUGCUGACCCCAAAGUUCACGUUUUGCUGCUGUCGUCGUGGCGAUCGGGCUUAUCCUUCCUGGGUCAGGUGUUUAGCCAGCACCCGUCUGUUUUCUAUCUCAUGGAGCCCGCGUGGCACGUGUGGAGCACAAUGAGGACUUAUGGUGCGAAGACUCUCCGGAUGGCUGUGAGGGAUCUAAUGCGGAGCGUGUUCCAGUGUGACUUCUCAGUGAUGGACUCCUACAUGUCAGAAAAUCGCAACACCUCCUCCUUCUUUAUGUGGUAUCAGAGUCGGGCACUGUGCUCGCCGCCAGUCUGUUCCCUCACACCAUUUGGUCAGAUAAGCAACGUGAAAGAGUGCAAAAAAUGCCAUGGUCUAGAUUUUGAGAAGGCGACAAAUUCCUGCCAAGUUUACAGCCAUGUGGUGUUAAAAGAAACUAGAUUUUUUGAGCUGGAAUCCCUUUAUCCUCUCUUUCAAGACCCCAAUCUUGACCUACGCAUUGUUCAUCUUAUCCGAGAUCCUCGGGCUGUGUACAGGUCCAGAGAGGAGUCAGCUUUAUCCUUUGAGAUGGACGACGCCAUCAUCUUGGAGCACAGAGAUGUACCAGAAGCCGAGGAGCAGUUUCAAGUCAUGAAGAAAAUCUCCCAGAGUCACAUCCGGAUCAACAAAACAGCCACCCAGGACCCUCCUGCAUUCGUCAAGGGUCGCUACAAGCUGGUUCGCUACGAAGAUGUGACACGCCACCCGCUUCAGGAGAUCAGUGAUAUUUAUGACUUUGUAGGUUUAAAGAUGACCAAAGAGAUGGAGGACUGGAUAGUUACGAUGACCCACGGAAAGGGGAAAGGCAACCUGAAAAAUGCUUUCGAGGUUAUCCCCAGAAACGCUGCCCAAGUGUCCCAGGCUUGGCGCAGCACGCUGCCGUUCAACAAGGUCAAACGCAUUCAGGAGGUGUGUAAAGAGGCCAUGUCAAUGCUUCGCUACAAGGCAGUUAACAGUGAAGAAGAGUUGAAGAGACUUGACAUGGAUCUGUACAUGCCGGAAGGACCGAAAGACUUUGCUUGGGCAUCGGGUAAAUUACGGAGCCAUUAAAACAUUCAAGGUUUAAUGAAUGAAGCACUUUUCUGUGCUCUGUAUUUCACUGGAUGGGCUGACUAAAUUAUUCAGUUGUCUUCUGCUGUGGAUUAAAGCAUUUAUAUUAUAAUGUGCAAUUCUCAGGAAGUAUUAUUAUUAUUGUUUUUAUUGUUAUUAUUAUUAUUUGCUUGUUUUAUCUGAAUCAAAAUAGAGCAAAUUGUCUUUAGAAGCUCUUCAGAUUGUAAUCGUACACAUUUAAAAGCAGGACUUGUUAAAACAGUCGCUCAACUAUGAGAUGCAAAUGUUUUUCCAAAGACACGGAUAAUUCGGUCCUAAAGCGAGGCUACUUUGAAUGAACAAAUUCUUGAAUUGUUGUUUGUGAGUAUAUGAAUUUAGGUUAUUAGUAAUUUAACUUUCCUUUUGUUUGUUUUGCUUUUUACUUAAAUGAACCAGUAACAGAUGGCAGAUGAUAGAACCUUCAUGCAGUCUGUAGACGUAUUAAAUAAAAUGUAUUUUAAUUUAAUUUAACUGUAUUCUUUAUAACCAGAGCAGACAGGAUCUUCUUGUUUCGACACUGAACUUACUUCGCUGUGAACAAAAUGUGUCUCUGAUGCUUCAGUGGCUAUAUGUCACUUAACAGACUUAAUCGGCACUAAACAUGUUUUUGCUUUUAUUUGAGAUUUUACGUUUUGCAUCUCGCCCACCGUUUUUCAGAUUUUUGGUGUUUUUACUGUUUUGAUUGAGUUUUUGUCUAUUUUAGUUAUCUUUAGGCAUCUGUCUUUCAGUGUAUUUUUCUUUGAUCCCUUUGACUUUUUUUUUAAAAUCACAUGGCAACAUUUUUAAACAGGGUUUGGCAAACGUAAUGGAAUCCAUUAAAAAUCGUAGAUGUUCAUCUUUGUUGGAAAAGCCUGGGGAUUCUGUAAUGCUUAUUCCACAUUGUGCCUGGAUGUGUUUGCUUAAAAUACAAUGAAGAUCCAAAGCUCA